CGUUAUAUGGGAGUUAGGUUUCGGACGCGUGAGCAGAAAGAGGUUGAGGGAAGUAAGCAGUUGGGGCAACAGUGGUCGUGCGCGUGACGUAAGGAGCAAGUGGGAAGAAACUAUAAUAGAACUGCCACGCUCUUCGAUCUUCUGUGCUGGAGCACCGAGCCACCUGCAGCGUGGCCACGGCGAUGCUGCGAAGGAACUGCGGUGCUGCGCCUCGAUCCAAGAUUUGAGUCGCCGGUCCACCCCAACGUCGCAGUCUCCGUCGUUGCGGAUCCAAGAUCCCAGUCAGAGAGCGUAGGCAGCCUCAUUUUUGCUGCGUGGCCACGCCACAUCGCUGCUGCGAAAAACCGCGGAGCUGACCGUACAUGCAUGUUCUGCAUCGCCGGCUCACCCCGCCGUCGCAGACUCCACGUCGUUGGGAGGGCAACGCCCCGAGCAGAGGUGGCGGUGAUUCCUUUUACGCUGGAUGGAGAGUCCUGGCGUUGGCCUACACGUCAGUGGGAGAUUUCCCUUUCGCAGGGCCGAUUGCAUAAAGGUUGGGUAUGGAAUCCAUAAGUUUAUUGAUUCUAUAAAAUAUUCCAUAGUGGCAAAACGUGUUUCUAUAAAAGCCAAUGAGACUUAUGGAACCUAUAAGUCUUUCAAUAACUUAUCGGUUCAGAAACGGGUCUACAAAUGCUAAUGAAUUCAACAAAUAAGUAACAUGGCGGCUCGGCGCACCUCUACAGCUGUUUGUUUGAGGUUAUUAGUGGUACCUGGCGUCCGUGUGUUGUUGUUGUUUUGGUGGCUUUUACGAAUUUUAUUUGAUGUUUAGUGUGCGUUUUUGACGUAUUUGUAUGUGUUGAAUAUCAGUGAAUUCUAUUUUCAUACAUUUUGCAUGUAUUGUGAUGAGAAGUCUGGAUUAAAUUUUAUUAUGAAAAUAUGUCA